ACAGCUCAGCCCCAGACUUAAAUCCAAGCUGAUGUUGUGAUGCCACAGAGCCACUUCUAAUCCUCCCAGGACCCAGAACAGACGCAGGGAGGGACAUCAGACAGCACCAGGACAUCAGACAGUGACCAGGAGGCACAGAACCAGGUAGGCUGAGCAAACAGCGGAUGCUGGGGCCCCAGCUCUGCAUCCUGCUCAGUCGCAGUAGGGCUGCGCUCCCGGCUGCCCACCAUGAGGCUGCUGCUGCCUGUCCUGGUGCUGGCCCUGCUCGCCCUGACUCAUGCUGCUGAAGACUCCUGUGAAGGUCGCUGUGAUGAGGGCUUCAAUGCCUUGAAGAAAUGCCAGUGUGACACCCUCUGCAACUACUACCAGAGCUGCUGCAGUGACUACUCCACCGUCUGCAAAGCCAAAGUGACACGAGGAGAUGUCUUUGCCUUGCCGGAGGAUGAUUACCUCGACUACGACCUCUCCGUUGACACCGGUACAGCAAGGCCCACAGGGGCACCAGCGCCCACAGAACACCCCUCAGAACCACACGAGUCCCCAUCACCAACACGGGAGACCGACACAGCCACUGAGGAGACACCAGUAGAGACAGAAAUGCCCACGAUCCACCCCACCACCACCACCACCACCACCACCACAUCUGAUGGGACCAGGAACCCAAGCUCGGAGGAUGAGCCCGAGGAGCUGUGCAGCAGGAAACCUUUCAAUGCCUUCACUGACCUGAAGAAUGGCUCCCUUUAUGCUUUCCGAGGGAAAUACUUCUAUGAGUUGGACAAGUCCAGCGUGCGGCCUGGCUACCCCAAGCUCAUCAGUGAUGUCUGGGGCAUUGAGGGCCCCAUUGAUGCAGCCUUCACACGCAUCAACUGCCAGGGCAAGACAUACCUCUUCAAGGGCAGCCAGUAUUGGCGCUUUGAUGACGGAGCCCUGGACCCUGGUUACCCACGUGAAAUCUCUGAGGGCUUUGAGGGUAUCCCCAAUAACAUCGACGCUGCCUUCGCCCUCCCGGCGCACAGCUACCGUGGCAAUGAGCGAGUCUACUUCUUCAAGGGUGCGUACUACUGGUCCUAUGACUUUGCCCACCAGCCCACACAGGCCGAGUGUGAUAAGUCCUCUCCCUCCACCGUGUUCAACCACUACGCCUUCAUGAACCGUGACAGCUGGGAGGACAUUUUCCUUUCCCUCUUCGGUGGUAGGACGGUUGGGGCGAGCAGCCCACGGCUCAUCAGCAGGGACUGGCGGGGGGUGCCCAACCGUCUGGACGCUGCUAUGGCUGGCAGGAUCUACGUGUCAUCCCGGCAGCCCCGUAGGAGGAAUUCCCGUCGCAACCGCAUGAGGUACAGGAACCAUCGCACUCUGAAUUUGGGUCUCUGGGGUUGGCUGAACAACGAUUCCGAAUCUACCGACACUGAAAGCGACUGGCUGUCAGGAUCACAGUGCGAGACCCUACAGAGCGUCUACUUCUUCAUAGGGGACAAGUAUUACCGCGUCAACCUGCGCACCAAGCGCGUGGACCUGGUGCAGCCCCGCUACCCGCGCUCCAUCGCGCAGUACUGGCUGCACUGCCCGCAGCCUGAUGAGGAGAGCACCUGAAUGGGCCCCACCACGGCCCCCAGCAGCAUGGCACCUAGCUAGACCCAAAUAAACCACCAGCGCCGUGUCCAUCUGUCUGUC